CUUUUUUGAGUGAAGUUGUGUGUGAAAAGUGUAGCGAAGAAAUCUCACGUGUGUAUUUGUUCGAUUUUCCCCUAACAAAUUCCAUAUUAAAGAAUUAUUAAAUAAAAAUUCGAAAUUUUGUAAAAAGAACAACACCUCCUGCCCUCGACCAUGAGUGAUGAUUAUUUGAGUAAACCUUUAUCUCUAUCUGGCUCCACUGGAUAUGAUGAUGCCAAACCCACUCGUUCUUCAAAUAGUACAGCAGCUUCCAGUACAUUUGGUGCACCCAUAUCACCAUAUUUGAACUAUGACCCGCGUUUCUUGCAACAAGCUCAACCAGAAUUUAUUUUCCCCGAGGGUGCUACAAAACAAAGAGGUCGCUUUGAGUUAUCAUUUUCACAGAUUGGCACCUCAGUAAUGAUAGGAGCAGGUAUUGGUGGUGUAGCUGGUUUCUACAAUGGUAUGAGAACAACAAAAGCUUUACAACAAACCGGCAAAUUAUGGCGAACACAAAUGGUAAAUCACGUCAUGAAACAAGGUUCCGGCACAGCUAAUACUUUGGGUGUUUUAGCUGUAAUGUAUUCAUCUUUUGGCGUCCUCUUACAGUUUGCCCGCGGCGAAGAUGAUGAUAUAAAUACAGUCCUAGCUGGAACAGCUACUGGUUUCCUAUACAAAUCAACUGCUGGUUUAAGGAAAUGUGCCCUUGGUGGUGCUGUUGGUUUAGGUGUUACCAGUCUUUAUUGUCUAUUUCAAUUGGCGCGAACGAAUGCAGCCUCAAAUGGUAAUUCCGGCAUGAAAUUUCUUUAAAAAAAGAACUUUCAUCUUGCCAUUUUCCUUCCCCCUGUUUUUUAAAUAUUAUAAAUAUAAUUUUGGUCCUUGUUUGGAGGACAUUAAACGGUCUUUUUUAUUUAGCAAAUCUUAAGGAAUAUGUCAUUUAUUUCCUUUAUUCUUUAAACAAAAAUGCUAUUCUUUACUGUAAAACUACCAUGUAAUAAUAUCAUUUACAUUUUCAUUAUAGUUUUUAGAUUGUGAUCUUGUUUUUUUUUAAAUUCAUUUUUUGUUAGCUUGAACAAAAAAGAAAACAAUACAAAAUUACACAAACAUGUUAAGACAUGCAAUAGUAAAACACACGUAAAAUUUCCAAUGGUAUUUCGAUACUGUCAACGAAAUCUCCAUGUUAAUUUUCUGUAUAUUUUAUGUUGCGAUUGAUUAUUUUAUAUAAGUUAGCUCUACAAAAUAUACAUUUAAAAUAAAAAGAAAA